AUGUCUUCGAAGAAAUGCUGCCUAAGGCAACACAUCCGCGGCGAACCUGCCAAUCUCACAUUCAUUGACCUGAGCCUUGAUGACACUGUCCUCAAAUACGUUCUUCACGGCCCAAAUCUCUUAGGUAGUCACAUCGAAGAAGAAUUCGAGCUUUUCGAAAUUGACACCCAAAAUGGCUUCGCUUUUCUUGAAGCACUCACCCCAGACAUAUCCAUAGAGUCACUUGGACGCAACUUUGACGGAGCAUUUGCCCAUACCGGAAUAAAUGUUCGGCCUUCUACUUCUGGCAGUAUAUCAACGCUGCAGCUCCUUCCUGGUCAGUCCUUCAAUAUCGGAAAGACAACAUUAAAUCUUGUUCCUGAGGAACACAGCGAUCUCCCAAUCAACUCGUCAGGCCUGCCUACCACUAAUUUCGAGAGUUACAACUAUCAAGUCAAUCGCACUAGCACACCACAACGUACCGCCAGAGUGGGUCCUGCCGUCAUUGAAACUCCUAUGCCGCGCAGAGAACAUGAGUCUGACAAAUUCACGCCUAUCCUCGAGCAGAUUACCGGACAGGCAGUCUCGGGGAGGAAAGACAGUAAAAAAUGGCCGGGGAGUCCUUUGAAGCGCGAGGUCAUGCGAACAGUGCGAGACGCUAGUGAAAAUGGUCACUCUAGUUCACAGCCUAGCAUCAAGAAAGAAGACGAGCACAUGGCUGAUGCAGCGAUCAAUGAGCCUGAUCCUUCGAUUUCGCAGCCCCAUGUCAAGACCGAAGACCAGCCUUAUUUUGAUGCAAACGCUGCAAGGCCGCUGGACCAAGGUGUGGUGGACCUCGAGGACGCGAAAAUUGCGAGUGUAGAUCUUAAGAGCGAGCAUCUUGAAAAUUUAGAGCCGCUGUUAUCACUCAAGUCACGAGUGCAUCCAGAAGGAGGCUCAAACCGUUCACCCAUUCUAGAAGAGUCGAAGCCUAUAUCUUCGCCAGUGGUGCGAGUGCGUCCAGCAGGAGAAACUAGAGCUUCAAGCCAUUCACCGCUCCUGGCAGGGUCGAAGUCUUUGUCAUCAUCCGUUGCGCGAGUGCAGCCAGAAAGACGACCUGAAGCCCUGGCUCGAUCGUCCAUCCUCCAAGCGGCUCUGGAUUCAAGCCCGCAACUGGAUGACAAUCUUGAUGAUACACGAGCCCGCAAGAAGACAAAAACCGCGACAGUCUCCCGUGAGGCCCUGGUUGAUGAGAGUCAGGACAGUCUGCAAAAUGAAGUAAUAUCCGUCAAAAGAGGAGUCCCCGCCUCAACAGAUCGUCCAGUCUCUGCCGAUCAGGCAUCAUCAACAGUUUUGACGCCCUCAAUCAAUACAGGACCCCUCUCUCAUUCCGCAAAUCAACCCAAACAAAGGCCUCUUACUCCCUCGACAGGAUUGAAGCACUUUAGUCCCCCCAUUGAUUCAGACUCACUGCCUCACCCCGCCAAUCAACCGCCGUCAGAAUCAUCGUUCAAUCCAACUGGACCAAAUCCUCGGACUCCUUUCUCCGACAAUAACACGGCCUCAGCAUCUCCUUCUAAUUCGGUCGAGCCAAGCAGCUCGAUGAGGAGUACUAGAUCUACGGCUCGAGAUGAGCUUAACAUCUCGUCAUCCACGGACGCGGGAGCACGUAUCUGUUUUGCGAGCUCAAGUUCAGCCGGAGAUUCGAAGCCGUUUCUGCGAUUUCUGUCACAGAAAGGAGUUAAGAAAGUCCAGUCGGUGCACGACUGCACUCUCUUGUGCGUCGGUAAGGAGCUCAAGAAAACCAGCAAGGUAAUUUUAGCUGUGCUUUUAGGCAAAGAUAUUAUCACCGACCGCUGGGUUACCGACAGUGUUAAGGGAAACGAUCUGCUGAGUGUUGUGCCUUACCUUGCACGAGAUCCUGAGAAGGAGGCCGACUGGGGAAUCUCUCUCGAUGAAGCGAUCUAUAGGGGAAAGCAAGGUCUCAGGGUUUUGCAGGACCAGACAGUACUUUUCACGCCAUCUGCAAGGAAGGAACUUGGCAAAAACGGAUUCGAUGAGCUCAAGGAGAUCGUGAAGUGCGCGGGUGCCAGGAGCGUCUCUUCGGCACUAAUCAAGAAGAGUCCAGAGCAGAAUACAAUUGUCGUUGCAACGCACGACAAUACCGAGGUGGCGGAGCUUCAGAGGCUAGGCUGGAGAGCCUAUGUGAAAGACAUCAUCAGCCUGAGUGUUCUCCGUGGCAAGCUGGACUUGCAAAGUGAUGAAUUUCUCAUCAAGGAGCAGAAGAAAGAACAUGGGAAGAGGAAGCGUUGA